CCUAAGGCAUUGUUUGGAUGAAAUAAAAAAUUUCUGAUUCAAAUUUCAAAAUAUCCUUCUUGGCUCGAUCAUCGAAUCAAAGCAAAGGGGCAAACACCUGAGAGGGCUCGUGUCGUGUUAGACAAGACAACACACACUAAGCAAAGUUUGAUUCCACAGUUUCAAAACGCGAACAACAUUUUGGCUCUUAUUAUUCAGAUUCAGAAACUUGGAGGAACAUGAAUAGUUCAUCACCGGCUCAUUCUUCGCUAUCGACGACGGCGGUUGUUGGUGGUGGUGGCGGCGGCGGAAGCAGCAGCAACGCGGCUGUUUCCGUUGACGAUUUUAAUUUGCCGUGUGAUCCCAUCUCAUCGCAUGAGCGCAAGGACGAGGCCAUGCUAGCUUUAAAAUCAGAUCUCAUGGCUGCACUUGACAAGGAGGUUAAAUCGUUGAGUGAAGAUAACUGGAAGUUUGAAGGGCCUCGAUCGCGGGUCCACCUUGUAUCACAUCGAGUGUGUAGGUUGGUUGGAGACAUUACUAUAAAGGAAUGAUGGUGCGAUAGUGAAGAAUGGAGAUGCCUAUAAUCAAGACUAGAGUUAAGCAUGCAAAUCACUGAUAGUGGUACAACCUCAAAUGAAAUAAUGUAGGAUCCAUGAAUCAGAUUUUCGGAUCACAACCCGAACUUUAAGGCAAAACCAUGUUUUCACUCUACAUAUUGAAAUUUAGCACAU